ACAACUUCGGAGUCAAGGUGUCUCUCUUGCUCCAUCAAUAAAGCGUCUCGCUGCCUUCUGCGAGCACUAUAAAGGCAGCGGAACAGGUGUCCCCGGGACAUUCCGGGCGGGGCACGAGCAGAAGCAGGUCAUGGCAGCGACGGGCGGCAGGUCCGAGCCGCCGCGGCUCCCCGAGUGCGGCUGCAGCUACGUGGUGGCGCGGCCGGUCUACAGCGAGCUCGCCUUCCAGCAGCAGCACGAGCGGCGCCUGCCAGAGAGCAGGACGCUGCGGGAGCGCCUGGCCAGGAGCUGCAGUUGUUCAAGAAAGAGAGCCCUUCGUGUAGUGAAGACUCUUCUGCCUAUUUUGGAGUGGCUCCCCAAAUACCGAGUCAAGGAAUGGCUGCUUUGUGACAUCGUUUCAGGAGUUAGCACCGGGCUAGUGGGCACGCUGCAAGGUAUGGCGUAUGCUCUACUAGCUGCAGUUCCUGUUGGAUAUGGUCUCUACUCUUCUUUUUUCCCUAUCCUUACGUAUUUUAUCUUUGGAACAUCAAGACACAUCUCAGUUGGACCUUUCCCAGUGGUCAGUUUAAUGGUGGGAUCUGUUGUUCUGACCAUGGCCCCCGAUGAAAACUUUGUCAUAUCCAGCAGUAAUGGGACUGCAUUAAAUUCUACCACGAUAGAUUUUGCCGCUCGAGAUGCAGCGAGAGUAUUGAUUGCGAGCACUCUUACUCUUUUGGUUGGAAUCUUACAGUUGAUAUUUGGAAGUUUGCAGAUUGGAUUCAUAGUGAGGUACUUGGCAGAUCCUUUGAUUGGUGGAUUCACAACAGCUGCUGCCUUCCAAGUGUUUGUCUCACAGUUAAAGAUUGUCCUCAACGUUUCAACCAAAAACUAUAAUGGAGUUCUCUCCAUUAUCUAUACACUGGUUGAGACUUUUCAAAAUGCUGGUAACACCAAUCUUGCUGAUCUCAUUGCUGGAUUACUCACCAUUAUCAUCUGUAUGGCAGUUAAAGAAUUAAAUGAUCGAUUUAAACACAAAAUCCCGAUCCCUAUUCCUAUAGAAGUAAUUGUGACAAUAAUUGCUGCUGCCAUUUCAUAUGGAGUUGACCUGGAAAAAAAUUACAAUGCUGGCAUUGUUAAAUCCAUUCCAAGGGGGUUUUUGCCUCCUGUACUUCCAUCUUCGAACUUGUUUUCUGAGAUGCUGGCUUCGUCGUUUUCCAUCGCUGUGGUUGCGUAUGCUAUUGCAGUGUCUGUAGGAAAAGUAUAUGCCAUCAAGUAUGAUUAUACCAUCGAUGGAAACCAGGAAUUCAUUGCUUUUGGGAUCAGCAACAUCUUCUCGGGAUUCUUCUCCUGUUUUGUGGCCACCACUGCCCUGUCCCGCACUGCUGUCCAGGAGACCACAGGGGGAAAGACGCAGAUUGCUGGCAUCAUCUCAGCUGGGAUUGUGCUGAUUGCCAUCGUUGCCCUGGGAAAGCUGCUAGAACCGCUGCAGAAGUCAGUCUUGGCAGCUGUCGUUAUUGCCAACCUGAAAGGGAUGUUUAUGCAAGUGUGUGACGUUCCUCGUCUGUGGAGGCAGAGUAAGACUGAUGCUAUUAUCUGGGUGUUUACAUGUGUAAUGUCCAUCAUUCUGGGGCUGGACCUUGGUUUACUAGCCGGCCUAAUAUUUGGAUUACUGACUGUGGUCCUGAGAGUUCAGUUUCCCUCAUGGAAUGGCCUUGGAAGCAUCCCUACCACAGACAUCUACAAAAAUACCAAGAAUUACAAAAAUAUUGAAGAACCUGAAGGAGUGAAGAUUCUUAGAUUUUCUAGUCCCAUUUUUUAUGGCAACGUUGAUGGCUUUAAAAAAUGUAUCAAGUCCACAGUUGGAUUUGAUGCCACUCGAGUACAUAAUAAAAGGCUCCAAGCAUUGAAGAAAAUACAGAAACUCAUCAAAAAAGGGCAAUUAAGAGCAACAAAGAAUGGCAUCAUAAGUGAUGCUGGUUCAUCUAACAAGGCAUUUGAGCCUGAUGAAGAUGUUGAAGACCCAGAAGAACUUGAUAUCCCAACCAAAGAAAUAGAGAUUCAAGUGGAUUGGAACUCUGAGCUUCCAGUCAAAGUGAAUGUUCCCAAAGUGCCAAUCAAUAGCCUUGUGCUUGACUGUGGGGCUGUGUCUUUCUUGGAUAUUGUUGGAGUGAGAUCACUGAGAAUGAUUGUCAAAGAAUUCCAGAGAAUUGAUGUGAAUGUAUACUUUGCAUCGCUUCAAGACCAUUUGAUAGAAAAGCUGGAGCAAUGUGGUUUCUUUGAUGAGAACAUUAGAAAGGACAUGUUGUUUUUGACUGUCCAUGAUGCUAUACUCUAUCUACAGAACCAGGUUAAAUCCAGAGAGAUUCAAGAUUCCAUUUUAGAAACGAUCGCCCUCAUCCAAGAAGGCAAAGAUCCUCUUGAAUUAAUAGAAGCAGAGCUGACUGAAGAAGAAUUUGAUGUCCAGGAUGAGGCUAUGCGUAGACUUGCUUCCUGAAAAAGGGCUCAGGAGGUCACUAUUCUUUCUGACCUUGACACCCAUGAGCUGCAUUGAGCCCAGUGUAAGGUCACAUUAAGCAAAUGCUGAAAUACAAUUAUGAAAUGUGUUAGUGAAUAAAAACCUUCAAUGUUACUUUUGGUAAAUUAAUCAACUUUUUUGAAAAGAUGAAAAUUUGUUUAAUAUUUAUAUGUGAUCAGAUAUAUAACCAGAAUUCAGAAUCAAUGAAAUGAUUCACUUAAAAGGUACAGAACUGAAAUGAUGUAUUUUAGAAAUAUUAAUUCAAAGAAGUGAAAAGGAGUUUAUCUUGGUUCUGUGAAACCAUUUUUUGAUAUGAUAAUAACCAUGGACUGCAACUAUCGAAGAAAGUAUAUGGCACACUAUAUCUUAAAAAUGCUGCUCUAAUUUAUUUUAUAGAAAUGAUCAUUGUGUUGAGGUAUAUACAGGUAUAGUCUAUGUAAAAAUUAACAAUUGUUAUUUUGAAAAACAAUGUUGAUUUAAGUAUUUCUAAGAUAGUGAUAAUUAAAGUGGGUUUAUAUUGUUCUCUAAAAUUUUAGCUGUAUGUAAAGUUCUGACCACUUUGCAAAAAAAUUUUUAAACAUGAACUGCUUAUAGUAAUCUAUGUUUAAAAUGACUCUUUAAGAGAAAGCAUUCUUAAUGGAACAUACGCACUGAAGACAUAUACAUUUCUAAAAAUCUGUAUUUUAAGCCAGAAAAUUUUAUUUUAUAAUAUUUAUUUUUACUUAAUCUUUUUCUGAGUGUCAGCAGUUUUCUGGGUAUUAUAUAUAAGAUGCAGGCUUUGGUCCUGUGGACUAUUCCCAUAUAUUUCAUGUUGGAGUGAAUAAAGUUGUACUUCAUUUCUAGAAAAAAUUUUUACUCAGGUCCCCAAUUGAGACAAUGUCUCACCUAACUUGAUUGUGAAUUAUAUUGUCCCCUUUGGCUUAGAUACAUACAUUCCCAAAUGUGUUUGGCAAUCCAAAGGCAGAAUGUCUUCUCUCUCUGUUUUUCUUCUGAAAUACAAUCAGAAAAAAACAUAUCUACUUCUGAAGGAAGACGAUCAAUUAUCAUAUCAGAUGGGUUUACUAAGAGCACCACCUUCCCCAAUCCAGUACUGCAUACUAGAAUUUGAGUGAGUUGUAAUGGAUUGUGAUGUUACAAUCAAUAUUCUUUAGUGCUCAUGGGUUAUUCUGCCUUUAAUUGACUUAGAACAGAUUUCUUCCCAUAUUGGGUGUAUCAUAACCAGGAUUAGAAUAUUAUCUCAUUUUCACAGGAUAGACUUGCAGAAAAUAUAUGAAUGCCUCUGUUCAAUAGAGGAAAUAGACACUGAAUUUUUUUUUAAGGAACUGUCAGUUACAUUUUACAAUAAGGCUAGAGUAUUGUACAUUCUUGGGUCCUUUUGUGACUACCUAAAACCACAGUCUGUUUGACUUGUUUCCCAAGCACGUUCUAGGAAUGCUGCCUCUUCUAUGCAUUUUGUGAACACUAAGCAUACUUUUAAUUCUGUAUUUCCAAGGGGAAUUUCACUUGAAAUUAAAGGUGUCUUUUGUUGUAUUUUUCAUUGAUAGGCUAAGAUUCUAGCAUUGUAUAUGAAUUUCAAUAAUAAAUGAAAAAUCAAGUACAUUUGGAAAUAUUUGCACAUAUUUUUAAUUAAAUGUAAAGUUGUCUUUUAAACCACUCUGAUGUUCUCUUUCUGAACAAAACUAUUAAAUAUAAUGAAAAAUGCUAUGUUCUAGUUUGCUAAUGCUGCCGGAACGCAGAACACCAGAAAUGGAUUGGCUUUUAUAAAAGGGGGUUUAUUUGGUUAUACAG